AUGGCAGAUGCAGUUGAGCACAGCGAAAUGCGCGUCGAUGCACAAAGAGCGAAGCAGUUGGCUGAGAACCUAAGCACUGUCUGUCAACGCGUAGACAAGGUAGCCGGCGGUCGCAAGGUUCGUCUGAUUGCCGUCUCCAAACUCAAGCCCGCGAACGAUAUACUGGCCCUCCAUCAUGAUCCUCACAAGCAACUCGACUUUGGCGAAAACUAUGCUCAGGAGCUUACCGAGAAGGCCGGACUACUACCCAAGUCCAUACAAUGGCACAUGAUAGGAGCUUUGCAGACGAACAAGUGCAAACCUCUAGCGGAGCAGGUGGCGAAUCUGUACUGUGUGAGCAGCGUGGACAGCGCGAAGAAGGCCGAUGCAUUGGAGAAAGGCAGAGCAGCUCUGGCGGAGAAGCAGGAGCUGAGCAGUAAGCUGAGGAUUCUGGUUCAAGUCAAUACAUCUGGCGAGGCGGAGAAGAGUGGUGUCGAGCCUGACGAGACGGUGGAGUUAUGCAGACAUGUUCGCGAGAAGUGUCCGCAUAUUCAGCUUGCUGGGCUCAUGACGAUUGGUGCGAUCGCAAGAAGCCAGCAGGCCACCAAUGCCGACAGCGUGAACGAGGACUUUGUGGCCUUACGAGAUACAAGGGAUAAAGUGGCUGCUGAAUUGGGGAUUGAGGCAAAAGAGCUGGAGCUCAGUAUGGGCAUGAGCUCGGACUUUGAAGCUGCCGUCACACAGGGAAGUGAUGAGGUCAGGGUGGGCACGACUAUAUUCGGCGACAGGCCAGCGAAGAAGGAUGCGAAGGUGAAGAACGAGACGACUGAAGAGAAAUCAUGA